GGGGUCACCCCUGAUCGGGAUCCCCUGCUGGGGUCACCCUGCUCGGGAUCCCCUGCUGGGGUCACCCUACUCGGGGUCCCACUGCUCGGGGUCACCCCCUGCUCGCGAUCCCCCGGUGUCACCUCCCGGUGUGGCCUCCCGGUGUCACCUCCCGGUGUCCCCGCCCGCAGCAGCGGCAGCGCGGCCGGGCACAGCGAGCUGCGCAAUCCCGGCCGCUCCGCAGUGUCCUGCUGAGAUGGCGAGCGCAGAGCCCGGCUCUGAGGAUGCAGCUGAGGCUGAGGAGGCCGUCUACGAGGAGAUGCCCUGUGACAGGAUGGAACUGAGCCAGCGCCUGGCCGUGGAGGAGCUCAUCACCACCGAGGCCAGCUACGUGCACAACAUGCAGCUGUGUGUGUGGGACAUCCGGGCACACCUCCAGAAGAAGCAGCUGCCUGAGCUAGACCUGGAAGGACUCUUCUCUAACAUUGAUGACAUCCUCCAUGUCUCCAGACGAUUUCUGAAGGGUCUGGAGGCCACGGCCGGCCGGGGCCAGGAGCAGCUGCUCUGCAUCAGCACCCUGUUCCAGGAGUUCAAGGAGGAGAUAGAGACUGUGUACAAGAUCUACUGUGCCAGCUACGACCAUGCCCUGCAGCUGGUGGAGAGCUACCGCAGGGACCCCCGGCUGCAGGAGGAGAUCCUGGACACCCUCAGUGCCACCGUACCUCACACGGGCGCGUCAGACCUCAGCUUCUUCCUGGUGAUGCCCGUGCAGAGGGUCACCAAGUACCCUCUGCUGCUGGGGAAGAUCCUGGAGAACACCCCGAGCAGUGCCAGCGCCCACUCAGCCCUGCAGGCAGCGGCUCGUGCCAUGGCCCAGGUCAAUGCCAACAUCAACGAGCACAAACGGCGCCGCGAAGUGGCAACCAAAUACAACAAGGCCGAGCACCUGACGCUGCGGGACCGCCUGGCGCGCCUCAACACCCACUCCAUCGCCAAGAAAACCACGCGCCUCAGCCGGCUCCUCAUGCACGAGGCUGGCAUUGUGGCCAAGACUGAGGACAAGGAGUAUGACGAGCUGGAAGAGAAGUUCCAGUGUGUGGCAUCGAGCGUGGCCACGCUGAAGGAGAACGUGGCAUCCUACCUGGGCCAUUUACAGGCGUUCCUGCUGCCCACCCCACACCAGUGUGAGCUGCAGAUGGACGAGGGCCCUGCCCUGCAGCAUCGCCGCCUCUCUGCACUCCUCCAGAGCUCUGUCUUCCCAGAGUUUAAGCAGCGUGUGGACAGGCUGGUGUGGCAGCCCCUGUGCAGCCUCUCAGACAUGCUGGAGGGGCCCCAGCAGCUGGUCAAGAAGCGCCUGGACAAGCUGCUGGACUACGAGGAGAUCCAGGAGAGGAGGAGCGAGGUGGGCAGUGUGAGCUACGAUGAGGAGGCAGCCAUGAACACCUACCUGGCCAUCAAUGCCCUGCUGCUGGCCGAGCUGCCCCACUUCAACCAGGCGGCCCUGCAGCUCCUGGGGCAGAUCCUGCGCUCCUUCAGCGCCCUGCAGCUGGACCUGGCUGCCCAGGUCCUGCACCACGCAGAAAAGGAGCUGGAGCAGCUGCCCCAUGGCCACAUGCCCCUGCCCAGCUUCUGGAAGGUGGUGGAGGACACCCUGCAGCAGUCGGGUGCUCAGCUCCGUGCCUUCUGCCAGGCCUUUGAGACCGUCACACCGAGCCCUGGCACACAGCCUCUGACCCCUGCUGAGGAGAGGAAGGUCCUUUCCCUUGUGAGCAAGCACGGCCCAGACAAGCUUUACCAAGUGACCAGCAACAUCAGUGGCAGCAGAGACUUGGACCUGACCUUGCUGAGGGGACAGAUCGUGGCUCUGCUGCAGAGCUCUGACACCAAGGGGAACACGAGCAGGUGGCUGGUGGAUGCUGGAGGUCCCCGAGGGUUUGUUCCUGCUGCCAAACUCCGUCCCUACAGCCCAGCACCAGCCCAGCAGUCUGUGAUGCAGCUGCUGUCCCUGGACAGUGGCACAGAGAGAAGGAGACAUUCCUUUGCAUCCCCUGAAGCUCCCAGGCCACAGGUGGCCACCUUCACCCCAACAUUCCAGGUGGUCGCUGGUUUCUCCUUCGCAGCCAGGAGCCCGCAGGAGGUGACCCUGCAGGCAGGGCAGCCCGUGCAGGUGCUGGAGCCCCAUGACAAGAAGGGGAGCACAGAGUGGAGCCUGGUGGAGGUGAAUGGCCAGAGGGGCUACGUGCCCUCCAGCUACCUGGUGACCGUCCCCGUGCAGGACCCCGCGGGCUGGAGCUUGCCCGUGUGAGCGUGGCCAGCCCAGAAAAAGGGCACAGGAUGGGAGCAGCCAGCUUGGCACCCGAGGACACCUCACAGGAGAUGCUGGAGGGAGGCAGCCCCUGGCUGGGAAGGUGGUGGGGACACGGCCCAGGGAUGUGGGCACGAGGAUGGCACUUGGGAGGUGUCAGGGUGCCAGUGCCGUGGGUGUGUUGGCACAAAGCAAAGCAGCACCAGGGAGUCAGGGCGGGUGGCUGCAGUUAUUCAGGGAUUUGCUGAAAUCCCUACAAGUGACAAAUGUGUCCCUGGGGGUGAUGAGGCAGCGUUGUCCCUGGUUGGAGCAGGAUUGAGCAGCAAAGGGCAGCGCUGCAGAGGGGUCCUCAACCAGGCAUGGGGCACUUGGACACCUGGGCACUGAGCACCAGGGCACUGGGGCACUGGGCACCUGAGUACCUGAGAAUUUGGCUACUGGGGUAUCUGAGUACCUGAGAAUUUGACUACCUGGGCACCUGAAUACCUCAGAAUUUGUCUACCUGGGUACCUGAGUACCUGAGAGUUUGGCUACCUGGGCACCUGAGAAUUUGGCACCUGGGCACCUGAAUACCUGAGCCCUUGAGCACUGAGCACCUGGGCAGAUGGGCACUGGGCACCUGAGUUCCUGAGAAUUUGGCUACCUGGGCACCUGAGUACCUGAGCCCCUGGGCACUGAGAAGAUGGGUACUGGACGCUUGAGUACCUGUGAAACUGAGCACCUGAGAAUUUGGAUACCUGGGCACCUGAGUACCUGAGAAUUUGGGCACUGAGUAUCUGAGAAUUUGGCUACCUGGGUACCUGAGUACCUGAGAAUUUGGGCACUGAGCACCUGAGAAUUUGGAUACCUGGGCACCUGAGUACCUGAGAAUUUGGCUACCUGGGUACCUGAGUAUCUGAGCCGUUGGGCGCUGAGCACCUGAGAAUUUGGAUACC